AUGCACCAAAGACUGGCUGCGCGGCUGCUUUGGCCCGUCAUCAUGGCGUCGGCCCUGGUCCUGGUCGCCUAUGGGCUUUUCUUCCCACGGAGCAGUUUUCAGACCCGGCUGACAGGGCGACCGUUGGACUACCUGCUGACCCAACAGUCGAAGUCUGGCCCUUCAGCUGGAACUGGGGUAAACUUCGACAACCUUCGUCUGACCGAGGAACAAUGCCGGGUCACAUUUCCUGGUCUGAACAAAGAGAUAGACGCGGCCAUGUCGGAAGGCGACUUCCAACUCGGUCUCAACAACACUUCUGUGUCGCUGCUGGGACAGAUCAAGGAUAACAAGAUACUGAUCCUCCAAGCUCCAAGACCGGUGGACAUGUCAGACCAGUGGCUGGAGAGGCAAAACGCCGCCCUUCAACAGCUGAACCGAGCGCUCCUGACCUCGCCGACCCUUCUACCCGACACGUUCUUCAACCUCCAUGUCCAAGAUACUCCCGCAACACUCUCCUGGUCCCAUAGCCGACCUGCCAUGUCUCCUUCUCCGAGGCACAUAUUCACCAUGCCCCAUUUCUCCUUCUGGGCGUGGAAUCAGCCCUUCAUCCGUUCGAUCCCCCACGCGGCUGCCGCGAUCACCGAUAUCGAGGCUAGCCUUUCCUUCGAUAUGAAGGACCGGCGUGCAGUGUGGCGAGGAACCGCUUGGUUCAACAACGGUGCCAGUGCAAACCCAAGGUCGCGACAAGAGCUGCUGAGGAUCACCAAGGAUGCAUCAUGGGCAGAUGUACAGGCCUUGGAGUGGGUCGACAGCGGGGAAAACGCGACGAACGCUCUCAUGAUCGAGGACUUUUGCCGGCACAAGUACAUUAUUCACACGGAAGGAGUGUCGUACUCUGGCCGCCUGCAAUUUCAUCAGCUAUGUGAAAGCGUGCUCUUGAGUCCGCCCAUGGAGUGGAUGCAACACACAACACACCUCAUCAAGCCCGUGUACUCCAGCAUAUUGCUGGGUCACGAGCAGGAGAGACAAGAUGACGGCGGCGGCGCGACGACGAAACCUGAAGACGGGUACCCGUCUUCGAGGGCGAGGAAGACAUGGCCUGCGACGGUCAGCCCCGGCGAAGCCAACGCAGUUUUCGUCAACCCGGAUUGGUCCGACCUCGAAGCGACGAUCGGCUGGUUGGAGGAACACGCCGAGGUGUCUCGCGGCAUUGCCCGUCGGCAGCGAGCCAUCUCCUUCGAACGCGGAUACAUGAGCCCGGCCGCCGAAGUUUGUUACUGGCGAGCACUCGUCAGAGGCUGGUCUAAGGUUGUGCGCAUCAACGGUACCAUCAAGGAGAGCAGAGAAUCCACGAGCUUCGAGGAGUUCGUGACGAACGCCAAAAUGUCCCGGAAAGGGCACUGA